GACGGUAACCACUCGCCGCAACACCGCGCCAAACCGCCAAGCAAUCGCCCGUAUUCGAAUAAUAUUCGUCUCGUCGUCGUCGUCUUCGGCCAUCAUUACGCCAAGAUAAACCCGCGGACACGACGUUAUCGCAUACGACAAAUCGGAGUCCUCGGCUAAUCGCUCCUACCGUGCAAGGUACCUACACGUUUUUAAAUACGCGCGCGAAAAAUUUUCCACCGAUAAAACACAUAUUAUUACUAUUAUCAUUAUUAAUUUAAAACGCGUUUCGUGCAGCGCAUCCGAUAAAUCCGCGACACCAGGUGGCGCCCCGUCGUCUCGUCGUCGUCGUCGCGCGCAUAUCGAUUGGGCUUUUGAUCCUUUUCGCUCGCCGUGUCCGUGUUAGGUAUACCUUCGCCCGCGCACGAGUGUGUACGUGUGGCGUGUGUGUGUGUGUGUUGUGUACGUGUGCGUGUGUGUGUGCGCGUAUUUCCGGAACGUAUCUCCUGCUGCACGUAGGUACACGGCCGCAGCCGCCGAUGACAAACGUCUGAACUCGUAGAGGAACUGACGCACUUAUCCUGCAAGUUUGCGUGGGAGGCGGUACGAACCCUACCCCCACCCCUCGUCCAGCGGUAUUACAAUAAUAUCAUAGUCGCCGUCGAGUUUCGCACGAGCGUCUUUCGUUUUUCCGGCGCACAGCAGCAAAGAUGGCCGGCCAAGACGGUAAAUGGCAGAAGGAAGGGUCCGACCAGAAUUUCGAUUACAUGUUCAAGUUGCUCAUCAUCGGCAACAGCAGCGUGGGCAAGACGUCGUUCCUGUUUCGGUACGCCGACGACAGUUUCACAUCGGCCUUCGUGUCCACGGUCGGCAUCGAUUUCAAAGUAAAAACCGUGUUCAGGCACGACAAACGGGUCAAACUUCAGAUAUGGGACACGGCGGGCCAGGAACGUUACAGGACCAUCACGACGGCAUAUUACAGGGGUGCCAUGGGGUUCAUUCUCAUGUACGAUAUCACCAACGAGGAGUCGUUCAACAGCGUGCAGGACUGGGUAACACAGAUCAAGACGUACUCUUGGGACAACGCGCAGGUGAUACUGGUGGGCAACAAGUGCGACAUGGAACACGAACGUGUGAUAUCGUACGAGCGGGGCAAAACGCUGGCCGACGAGCUGAACAUCGAAUUCUUCGAGACGUCCGCCAAAGACAACCACAAUGUCAAGGCCGUGUUCGAACGACUCGUCGACAUCAUAUGCGACAAGAUGUCCGAGAGCUUGGACUCGGACCCGACACUGGUGGCCGGGGCCAAGGGCACCAGGCUCACCGAACAGCCGCAGGGUCCGAACAAUCCGAAUUGCAACUGUUAAGAGUCUUGUACCCGGUUUCGGAUACCCACCACGGCCCCGCGAGAUACUUCAAACAACAAAACCCGUCGCAGCAGUAUACCGAAACACACAAAAAGACAUUUAACAG